AUGAGUGUCAUUGUCGUGGCGAUUAUUCUGGUACUCCUGAUCCUUGCUCAAUACACAAAGGUGCUUGAUCGGAAAAAGCCAGCCAACGGGCUUGAUGAUCCAGAAAACGCACUGAAUGCCGGCAAAAUCGAGAAACUGAACCAGAAGGCUCCAACUCAAUCCUUCAAGAGCUGGAAAGAGAAGAGCGAGGAAGCUACUGAUUCUGUUAAACAAGGCACUACUUUUGUCUGCAAUAUGUUUGGAGACCCUACAGGAAGACGAUACGAUUCGCUUGCUAUCAUGCGCGCACAUUUUCCACUCGCUUUGCUUGGGGAAAUGGUUUUUGAAGAGGCAUAA